GAUGCCUCUUAGCAGUGUGUAUUAUGAGUCUAACUAUUGCAGUCUACACGAGUGACACCCAUUGCAUACGUUGAACAUUGCCCUUUUCAUUUCAAUAACUUUAUAUAUAAAGUAGAGCUUGAAGUUUCAGCAGUUCUGGCAACAUUUCCCCAUAGACAACCAUGCACAUCAGCUCCGCCUGCUGAGGGUAUAUCGACGCUAGUGGUUCGCAUGAGCAACCCCCUUGCAGAAGGGCUGAAAAACGCCAACCGCGUGGAAAACGAUGUUGCAGCUCAGCAUCUUGCCCGAAAGUCAAUUCAGUCUAGGGGACUUGACGCGGUAGUUCCCGCUGUCUAUGCAUGGUCACCAUGUAGGUACCCUGAAGUACCUGGCGAGACUGGAUUUGGGUGGACAAUAAGUGAAUUCAAGCCUGGGUCGGAUCUAGAUGCCCAAUUUGAUUCAUUAUCUCUAGAGGAUGCUAUUGAUGCUGUUCAGCAGUUAGCUAGCAUCUUCGCCGCUAUACAGAGUUCUGAGAUUCCUGAGAUGGUAACCAAGUUUGGUGCGUUAACUCUAGAUGAUAGCGGUGUUAUUGUAGGCGGACAGCCACCGUUGCUGAAAGCUGGUCCGUUUGAUACGUACACGGAACUAUGGGUCGCUAAAUUAGAAACACAGCUGAGCGAGGUGGACAAGAGCCCAUUGCUGCACUGAGAGACUUGGAAGACUUGUUGUGCCCGUUUGAAUUGUUAAUGAAGGCAUGCUAAAACGUAUCUCGGAUGAGGAGAAAACCAAGAAGAAACAGGAAGGGGAGGGAAAGUUUCAGAAGUGGAUAAAGGAUCAUGAGCUGUGAACUGAUACUAAGUGCUGACUUCUAAGAUAUUUAUUUAUUUAGUCUAAUGCAAGAGAGUAAGUUAUAUCUACGUGUAUAGAGG